UCUCUCUCUCUCUCUCUCUCUCUCUCUCUCUGGAGUGCCUACAAAUGAAGAAAUCAUGCCUUUGAUGAGUUUAAGGACAACAGAAGCUAAAAAUCAACACCGAUAAUUGAAAGUUGAUGGCAAAUUUAGCAUCUUUGGAUCAAAUUCCGUCAGUCUGCGGUGGUGGAGGCGGAGGUUUCUUUGACACUCCUCAAGGGUACGGCCUGGACAUGUUGGCCUUUCAUGACUACGGUGGUGCUUCUCUUUUUGAUAUGCUUCAGCAGCCGACACCGCCACAGACUUUGAUGGUAAAGCCAGCACCACAAGCUUCCACGAUGCUGGAGACAUCAGAGGUGGUUAAUACUCCUCCAACAAAUUCGUCAUCUUUAUCAUCUUCUUCAAACGAACCUGUUAAUGAUGUUGAUCAAGAAAACAACACAAGAUCAGAUGAUGCUCAAGAAAAGAAUGCUAAUAAACAGUUGAAACCCAAAAAGAAAAACCAAAAAAAACAAAAGGGACCGAGAUUUGCGUUCAUGACGAAGACUGAAGUUGAUCACUUGGAUGAUGGCUUUCGAUGGAGAAAGUACGGUCAGAAAGCUGUGAAAAACAGCCCGUUUCCUAGGAGUUACUAUCGGUGCACUAGUGCAUCAUGUGGAGUGAAGAAGAGAGUUGAAAGAUUGACAGAGGAUCCAGCGGUCGUUGUUACAACUUAUGAAGGUAUUCAUAUACACCCCUGCCCAGUGACACCUCGAGGAAUGUUACCAGAAACUGCCACUUAUGGCGGUCUUGGUGGUGGUGGUGGUUCUUCAUAUAUUUUACCACAAUUUCACUACCAACAACCGUUACGACCAUUCUUCCACAACCAAACAAAUUCUUUAAGCUUUAACAACACCACCACCCCAUCAUCAUACUCACAUUACCUUCAAGAAAGACAAUCUUGCCCUCCUUCUAUGUCAUCUUCUUUGCAUAGAGAUCAAGGUCUUCUUCAAGAUAUGGUAUCCUUCCAGAUCAGGAAAGAGGAGCCCAAAGUGGAACCUAGUUGAGGGUACUUUGGGACAGAUGACUAUAGUGUUUCUUUGGGGGUGGGUUGGGGUUCUUUAGGUAGCUAGUUCUCAAGGCAUUAGCUUUUAACAAGCAUUUUACAUAUGUAAUUUUGUUAUGAGCCUUUUAAGUUAUUUUUGUACAUCU